AUGGCAUCAACAUCAUCAACUGGAACAAUAAAACCAAAACUUUAUUUAUUACAAUAUGAUUAUGUAGCCAAUGUAAUUGAAAAACGAAAACCAUAUCGUGAAGCUCAUUUAGCUCAUAUGGGUAAACAAGUUGAAAAAGGAAAUGUUGUUUUAGGUGGUGCUUUUGAUAAUCCACCAGCAGGAGGUUUAAUUAUUUUACGUAAUUUAUCAAUAGAUGAUGUAGAACAAAUUGCACAACAAGAUCCUUAUGUUACAAAUGGUAUUGUAACAAAAUAUACAAUUAAACCAUAUAUGGCAGUCGUUGGUGAUACUUUAUUAAGCAAUGAUCUUAUCAAAAUUUAA